GAUAUUUACGCGAUAGUUUAACAUGUGCAGUAGUUCUCCACUAUAGUGUGAAUGGCAGGUUUUAUUCACCUCGUUGUAUUUAUUGUUGUAAAUUUUACAUAUAUUUAUGUUGAAGCGGGUUGCAGAGGGGGGACACCCUAUUGUUCUUGGGCACCCUGGAAGUCAUGGUCAGGCUGUAGCAGGACUUGUGGUGGGGGAUUAAGAACGAGAUCUAGGGCAUAUUGUUGUGACGUGGAAGAAUUGGACUUUAAUGGUUGUAUUAAGUAUUGCGGAUAUGACUAUGAAUAUGGUCAAACGUACGCAUAUGACAAAGAAUUUUGCAACAAAAUUUGUUAUAACGGUUAUUACUCAGAUGGAAAUAACAGGUGUAGUUGUAAUGACGGAUACUACGGAACGUGUUGUGAAAAUGCGUGUCCACAAAUUGAUAACUGUAAAAGAAGAAGAUGCACGUAUUCAUGGAACACGAAGUGUCUUGAGUGUUACGACGAUAAAAUAUUCUUCAAGAAAACAUUUGGCGACAGAAAAUGUGAACGUUUGUGCUCUUGGAACAAUCAUUACUGUUGGCCUGGAAAAUGUGGUGAAGAUUUGACAGGAGAAUGCACUUGCGCGCAAGAUUUCAAAAUCAUACAAAAAAGCGGAGAAACUUCUUGUCAGCCAAAAAAGCUACCAUCAAUUUUAACAUGUGGAACGGUUGCAGUGGGCCCGAAUAUGGAAAAGAAACAGGCGAGAAGCAGCACAAAUUCUACAGAAUGUCAAUAUCUUGCUGAUAUGUAUGGUAACUUCCAGCCGUCGUCAUUCAAAUUUGAUGUCGCAACGGAAUAUACAGUCAACAUUACAGCCUUUACGAAUCCGGCUUUUAUCAGCGAAACAAACUUUGGUAUAACCGACUUUUCGAUAGAUAUCGUCAAAAUCCUUGUGAAUGGAAGGCGUUCUACCGAAAGUCGUAUCAAUCAAUUAGUGGACAACUCUUCAAGUGUUAAUUGUUCUCAGACAUAUUUCCACUCGGAUAAUAUUACCGUUAACUCUUCUAACUUUGAUCUUCAAGAUGGUCAAGCGUAA